GCGGCGAGGGGGGGGGAAGAUGGCGGACGUGCUCAGCGUCCUGCGACAGUACAACAUCCAGAAGAAGGAGAUUGUGGUAAAGGGAGACGAAGUGAUCUUCGGCGAGUUCUCCUGGCCCAAGAAUGUGAAGACCAACUAUGUAGUUUGGGGCACUGGAAAGGAAGGCCAGCCCAGAGAGUAUUACACAUUGGAUUCUAUCUUAUUCCUGCUUAACAAUGUACAUCUUUCUCAUCCUGUUUAUGUCCGACGUGCAGCUACUGAAAAUAUUCCUGUGGUUAGAAGACCUGAUAGAAAAGAUCUCCUUGGAUAUCUUAAUGGAGAAGCAUCAACAUCAGCAAGUAUAGACAGAAGUGCCCCUCUUGAAAUAGGUCUUCAGCGAUCCACUCAAGUCAAACGAGCUGCAGAUGAAGUUUUAGCUGAAGCAAAGAAACCACGAAUUGAGGAUGAAGAGUGCGUGCGCCUUGAUAAAGAGAGAUUGGCUGCUCGUUUGGAGGGUCACAAGGAAGGAAUUGUACAAACAGAGCAGAUUAGGUCUUUGUCUGAAGCCAUGUCAGUGGAGAAAAUUGCUGCAAUCAAAGCCAAAAUUAUGGCUAAGAAAAGAUCAACUAUCAAAACUGAUUUAGAUGAUGACAUAACUGCUCUUAAACAGAGAAGUUUUGUGGAUGCUGAAGUAGAUGUGACCCGAGAUAUUGUCAGCAGAGAGAGAGUAUGGAGGACACGAACAACUAUUUUACAGAGCACAGGAAAGAAUUUUUCGAAGAAUAUUUUUGCAAUUCUUCAGUCUGUAAAAGCCAGAGAAGAAGGGCGUGCACCUGAACAGCGACCAGCCCCAAAUGCAGCACCUGUGGAUCCUACAUUGCGUACUAAACAGCCCAUUCCAGCUGCUUACAAUAGAUACGAUCAGGAAAGGUUUAAAGGAAAAGAAGAAACGGAAGGCUUCAAAAUUGACACUAUGGGCACCUACCACGGCAUGACACUGAAGUCUGUAACGGAGGGUGCAUCAGCCCGUAAGACUCAGACUCCUGCUGCACAACCAGUUCCAAGACCAGUUUCACAAGCAAGGCCUCCCCCAAAUCAGAAGAAAGGGUCUCGAACACCCAUUAUUAUAAUUCCUGCAGCUACCACCUCUUUAAUAACCAUGCUUAAUGCAAAGGACCUUCUACAAGACUUAAAAUUUGUCCCAUCAGAUGAAAAGAAGAAGCAAGGUUGCCAACGAGAAAAUGAAACCCUCAUACAGAGAAGAAAAGACCAGAUGCAACCAGGGGGUACUGCACUUAGUGUCACAGUUCCUUACAGAGUAGUAGACCAGCCCCUUAAACUUAUGCCUCAAGACUGGGACAGGGUUGUGGCAGUUUUUGUGCAAGGUCCUGCAUGGCAGUUCAAAGGUUGGCCAUGGCUUUUGCCUGAUGGAUCACCAGUUGACAUUUUUGCUAAAAUUAAAGCCUUCCAUCUUAAAUAUGAUGAAGUUCGUCUGGAUCCAAAUGUUCAGAAAUGGGAUGUAACAGUAUUAGAACUCAGCUAUCACAAACGACACUUGGAUAGACCAGUUUUCUUACGGUUCUGGGAAACAUUGGAUAGGUACAUGGUAAAACAUAAAUCCCACUUGAGAUUCUGAAUUACUUGAUUUCCCUUUUUCCUGGAAAUCUGGAUUAAGAAGCAUGGAUAUACCUUGAUGUAAAGACUGACACUCAAGCUUUAUGAAUUUAUCAAGAACUUACAAAUGAAGAAGGUCACAGAUCGAUCUUUUAUAAGAUCUUGUUUGAUGCUUUAUGCUUUAAUGGGAUGAUGCCUGUCAUCCAUAUAAGCAAACUUUUUGGCUUACAAUUAUUUUUUUAAUAUUAGCCUUUUAGUCUGUAAUGGAAAUUGUAUAUUUUGAUAGAAGUUUUUUCUCCAUUGGUUAAAAUUAGCAUUACUUAAAUUUGUUUCUUUAGAAAAUAAAUACAGGUUUAAAAUGUGUGUAAUAUUUAGAGGUUUUAAGGCUCUUUAAGCCAUCUUGCUUCUGAUUUUUCAUUGCUCUUUAAUUCUUUUCAUUGAAAAUACUAUAUUAUGAAUGGUAUUAAAUUUUAAUUUCUGGAACUUUCAAAAGCAAGCAAAGGGAUGUGACUAUUUCAAAUGACUCAAAAUGUCAAUCUGUAUGUGUACGUUCUCUACACUUUUUAUUUUAAAAGGAAUAAUGAAAAAUCAAAAACAAUUCUUCAGCUUUGGUUAAACUCUUAACUUUUCCAAGACUUCUUUACUUGUAAUGAAUACAUUUAAUGAAUGUACAUUCUUCUCACUGACUUUGGUGAUUUUAAAACUUAGAAUGCUAUAUUUCUGUGAUAUCUUCCCACUUGAGAAAUUUCAAAACACAGAUUAAAA